AUGGAAUUAGAAAAUGUUGAUCUUUUGUCCCAAAGUAAUUCAUCUACAACUAUUUUGUUGGUAUCCCAGACAACUGAAUCUACUUUGCAACAAUCCACAAAUUUAACAACAUUAAAUUCUGAAUUUGAGAGUAUAAAUGAUGAGUUUGACGAGAAUCAGACAAUGAGUCAAAGGUUUAAAACAGUUAAAGAAGCUUAUGUUAUAGUUAAAUUAUUUGCUCAUUCAAAUAGAUUUGGAAUUCAAAAAGGACAUGUUGAAAAAGAUACAAGUGGUGACUUUUACAAAACUCACAAUAUAUUGGAUCUACAAACUUUUAAAGAUCAGUUUAAAUCUUUGCAAGAAUAUUAUCCAAAAGCUGCACUAUAUCUCAAUAGGGCUUUAUAUUCUGAUAAGCGAUCUUGGGCAAGGGCUUAUACUUUUCAUCAUUUCACUGCUGGUGCACAAGCAACAAGUCACAUGCAGGAUGACGAUAACGAUGCAGUAUUCAUUGACAAUGCUUUUGAUUAUCCAUUGGCUUAUUCCCUUAUGCUCUUCAAACAAGUCGAAGAUAAAGUAGUUGAAGUUUGGGAAACUAUUAGAAUAGCACAAAAGGCCAUUAAUAUUGCUAUUGAAAAGGAUAAUCCGAAUAUUCUUAAAUUUUUAAAAACCUAUAUUCUUCAAAAUGACUACUUUCUUGUUGAGAAUACAACCAAUACAUCUGCCUCUAGUCAUAAGACAAGUAUACUCGAAGAACAUCUUAAACCAAAUAUUAUUGUUGAGAAAAUACAAUCAUCAAAAGCUCAAGAGAAACAAUCAAAAUCAUAUACAAAAUAUGUAAAUAAGGCUUGUAAUUCAACGAUUAUGUAUGAGUUUUGUGGUGGGCGUGGACAUAAAAAAGAGUUACAUGAUUAUGCAUGUGGAGAAAAAGGAAAAUGA